AUGGCAAGGGACGCAUUUGACCCUGCACAAGACAUCCCGAACCUACAUGGCAAAGUCGUUCUUGUGACCGGGGCCAACGCUGGGAUCGGCAAAGCAACAAUCCGCGCCCUUGCCAGACACGGCCCGGCACGAAUCUACCUCUGCGCCCGUCGGCGCGAAGCGGCCGAGACCGCAGCUGCCGAGCUGAGAAGCGAAUGCCGGUUCGACAGAAUCCACAUUCUGGAUCUGGACCUGGCAUCUCUGGACAGCGUGAAGAAAUGCGCGGCCGAAUUCAACGAAAAGGAGAACAGCCUUGACCUCCUCUUUCUCAACGCCGGCGUGGCCAGCACAGCUCCCGCCCUGACGCGAGAAGGCUACGAGUUUCAGUUCGGGGUCAACCACCUGGGCCACGCGCUUCUCACACAGCUUCUCAUGCCCAAAAUGCUGCGGACGCGGCGCGACGACCCGAAAGCAGAUGUGCGCGUUAUCGCGACAGCCUCCAACGCCGCGUUUGCCCCCAUGCUCCCCAAGGGCGGCCUGGCCCUGAACGCUAUGCGUCGGCCGGAUGCGUUCAGUCCCAUCGGUCUGUACGCUCACUCCAAGCUGGCCAACGUCCUUUUCAUCCGCAAACUCUCCCAGAAGUACCCGGAGGUCCUGGCCACCGCUGUGCACCCCGGAGUGGUCAAGUCUGACAUCUGGGGUAAAGGGGCUGGCGGGUUGUUCAGUAUCCUGUAUAGGCCAAUUGUGUGGGCGACUUGGGUCGACAUCGAUCAGGGUGCAAAGUCUCAGCUGUGGUGUGCUUCGGCGCCGCUCGGUGGACCGAAGGGAGUGGAAUCCGGACAGUACUACCAGCCAGUUGGAAAGAUCAGGUUGCUCAAGGGCGCGGCCGCAGACCAGAAGCUCGCCGAUGAGCUCUGGGAGUGGACCAAUAAGGAACUCGCCAGUCACGGCGGCAAAGGUUGGCCUGCGGUGUGA